AUGUCCGACUCGGACUCGCUUGUGGCCACGCGGCUGGAGCUGAUCAAUGAGAUUGAGACGUUGGAGGCGGCAAAGUCGUUCAGGGUCUCUCGUGCUGGUGCGGCGGCGGGUGGAGCUGCAGCAGGCGCUGCGGUCGGUGCGGGAGCAAGGGCCGGGACUCGGCUUGGCUUUGACUCGAGUGAUGAUGAUGAGGACACCGGUGGCCGGCUUGGGUUUGAGUCGCUUGCGGCUUAUCGUCGCGAGAGCGAGCGGAACCAGAUGACCUCAUCGGGAUUGCUGGCCAGGGUCAAGGCCCACAUGCUCCCACCGCACUUGCCGCCAGACAUGGUCGGGCCAUCGGACUCGAUGAUGGGCGGCGAGGAUGGCGAUGGCUCGAGCUUGUUUGAAGCUCAUCUGCGGUCAAUCUCGCAAAAUGAGCCCAUGACCAUGUCCGAGGUCGAGUCGAGAGCUCGGUUUUCGCCGGCUACUAACGUACCUGUCGUCAAGGUCCACAGUGCGUCGUCUCGGCUGAUGUUUGGCGAUGAAGACAAGGAUGGCCAUGCUUCGAACGGUAGUGAGGCGAGCGACGAGGCGAGCGAGAUUGCCCGGCUUGUCGAGGAUGCGCUCCAGGCCGACGUCGAGGUUGAUGGCCAUGGUGACGGCCAUGACGACGAAAGUGACGGCGACGACGGCUCAGUGACCUCUGACUGGGAGGACCGGUCGCUAGGCGCGAACCACCCAGACGCGCCGAGCUCGCUGCGCAAGGCCGCAUCACGCAACACCGCGUCGCAUUUGCUGUCGAUGGCGCAGGCGACAGGCGCGGCAGUCCGCACGGCGCCGCCGACGCUUGUCGACGCUGGACUCACCAACGAGAGCGUUCGAAGCGCCGUCGAGGAGAGCUUUGGGCCCGAGGCACUGGCGGUGCUCUCGUCGCUCUCACUCGCCGGUAAUGCGAUGACAACGAUGCCUGAGCCGCUGCCCGUGCUCGGCGCGGUGCGGACGCUGGACAUCUCACGUAACCCGCUCGUCGCGCUUGGCACGGGCUGGGACUCUGUCUUGCCGACGCUCCAGUCUCUCAACCUCGCCGGAACUGGGGUGGCGAGUCUCGAGCCGCUGAGCCAGUGCCCGCUGCUCACCGCGCUGGACGCGUCGAGCAACUCCCUGACAAGCGCUGCUGUCCUGGCUCAGCUGCCACGGCUGCGGACGUGUAACCUGGCCGACAACGCGCUCGCCCGGCUCGAGCCGGGCGCCACGCUUGGCACGCUUGUCGAGCUCGACGUCUCAGGCAAUGCACUCACAUCGCUGGAGGCGCUCUUCCGCGCCGCGCCGGCGCUCCGGGUCCUCUGCGCCAGCGGCAACCACGUGGCGUCACUGACAGGGCUCGAGGCGGCCCCGUCGCUCGCACAUCUCGACGUCUCGGCCAACCACCUGACGUCACUGGCAAGCGGUGGCUCGCUCUCGCUGGCUGUGCUCAACGCAGCCGACAACCGCAUCGGCUCUCUGGAGGAGCUGCGGCAGCUCCCGGCGCUGGCGCAGCUUGUGGUUGCGCGCAACGCGCUCAAGGGCGCGCCACUCGCGUUUAUGGACAGCACGCUUGUCGGAACGUUUGAGCGAAGUGAGCCGCUGGUCAAGCUUGUGGCGCUGGCGCUCGACGGCAACUCUGUGGCGUCGCUGCAAGGUAUCGCAUCGGGCGCACCGCAUCUAGCGCAUCUCUCCGCAGCCGACAACGCGUUGGCUUCGCUCGACGAGAUCCUCGACGAGAUAAGCAAGCUAGCACAGCUGGCGCGGAUUGAUCUGCGGUACAAUCCGGCGACCGAGGCGUUCUACACCCGCCCGGAUGGCGAGUCGACGACUGGCGUGCCGUUUGAGUCGCUUGAAGCGUACGACAAGGCGGCUGGAGUGUCGAUGGGCGACGCAGCGUACAUGGGACGGCUCUACUACCGCUCGUAUGUCAUCCACACCCACCAUUCACUGGCUGUCCUCGACGGCAUUGCGAUCACGCCAGUCGAGAUGCGCCUGGCGGUGUCACUUGAGGACAAGUUCUCGGUCUUGUUUUCUGUGCGAAAGGCAGGCCAAGAAGCAACGGCGCGGACUCUAGACGUGGUUCGUGCGGAAGAGCGCGAGGCCGAGUUGGGAGCCUUGGCAAGUGACAGCGAGCCGGCCGAGCGGACGGGCGCCGAGCAAGCGCCACGACCUGUGUUCGAGGCAGAUCCAGCGUACACGGCGCCGGCGCGGGUGCUGACGUCACCACCUUCGCCGCCGCUGUCGCCUGCAGGGACAAAUGUCGGGAUGUGUGUUCGCGCUGAGCUGGGCCGGCCGCGGGCGGUUGCCGAGUUUGGCGAGUCGAGGGCGGAGCGCGACUACCGGGCGCAGUACGAAGCGCACCUGAUGAAGCUGCAGACGCAGCUAGACAAGCUCGACGAGCACCCGGGCGGCGGGAGCGAGGGCCUGCCGAGCCAGGUCUCCAUGUUCCGGACCAAGAUGGAGUUCCUGCGGCAGCAGCGCGAGACAAACGAGCGGAUGGCGACCGAGUCAAUGGCGUCGGCCGAGGCUGGGAACAAGAUGGUGGCGGCGGCGGCCCGCGGCGAGCUGGCCCGCGGCGGCGGUCACGACGACGGCGGCAGCGACGGCGAGUCUGAGUCUGAUCCCGAUGCUUCGGUCUCGAUCCGCGAAUACGUGGCGGUACCUGGCAAGGCACCCGCAGCGCGCGAGCGGAGCUUUGUCAGCGUGCUGGAGCGGUCUUCGCUGCUGCCAGAGCCGGUGGUCGGCUCGCCGUCGCCUCCGCGGAUGCGUGGUGUCGAACCGCCGGCGAGCCUCCCGGUGGGCGAGCCACGGAUCGGGCUCGAGCCGUACCUGCACUCGGCGAUGUCGGCAAAGCGGGCGCAACUGCAUGAGCUGUACAAAGAGAUGCUCAGCCGCGAGCGGGAGUUUGUGGCCGAGGUCAGUGAGCCGUCGCUCUCGCGGCGGAUGAUGUACGACAUGGUGUACCACGGGAUGAGCCCGUCGUCGGCAGAAGCGGCGUACUCGCGAGACCGGUCGUUCCGGGCGCUCGAGUCGAUCAAGUCGCUGCACGCAGCGUUUGACCCGCCGGUUGACCCAAGCGUGGAAAAUGCGUCGCGGAUGCGGGCGCACGCCGUGUCGCCGGCGCAGCGGCUGCCGGCAUCCGCGCGACUGGCACAUCUGGCCUCGCUCAAGUCGCCGUCGCUCACGCUUGCGGCGCUGGAAUUUAUCCGCGGCGAGCCAUGCGGGGCGUCGCAGGAGACGAGCGCAAUGGAGCUCCCGAUGAUUCCGCUCGACCGUCCAUCGCGUGACGAGUCUAUGACUGAUGACGUGAGUCGGCGGGACGCAUCAAGUGACCUCACCCUCCGGAUUCUAGAGCAGCUUGGGCGGGUGAGUCGCGCGAGGCAGGCAGCCGAUGGCAAGACGAGCCAGAGCAGCGACGGCGGUGGCGACAACGGCGACGUUGGCGAUGAUGGCGACGCCGCUAAUGACGGUGUCGACAUGGAGACCUCGCUUCGCGACCAGGUUCAAGCGCAGGUGACUGCGACCAUGCAGGAGCUCGAGGCCGCACAUGCCGAGGCCGAGGCCGCCGAGGCAGCAGUAGACGAGGCAGUCGAGCGUGGGAUCUCGUUUUGGGUGCCGAUCGAGCGGCCAGAAGGCGAAAGCGCGACCAGGGCUGAAGACGCAGGCUCGCUGGGAAUCGAGCGGGAGGAGAGUGUGGCUGCCGAGGCGGAUGUGACGGCCAAGUUUUUCGAGUCGUUCCCGGACCCGGACGCCGAGGUGCUGGCGGCGCGUGCGCCGUCGGCGCGGCUGCAGCGGCGGCAUGCGGCGGUGCGGGCCAAGGCUGCAGCAACGCGUGAGGAGCGCGAGCGGCGGGCCGCAGCACGUCGGGCUGAGGCGAUGCGGGCCAAGGCGCGGGCGAAGCAGGAGCGAAGGGAGCGACACGCGCGAGCUGAGGCACGGAGGCGGGCGGCCGAGGCCGAGGCGUUGGCGCGGCGGCAGCGGCACCGGCCCGCUAGCAGCAGCAAGCGCGUGCGAGUGCGUGUGCGGCGGCGCGACGGGUCGCGAGAGCUUUCUGCCUCGGUGAGCAAGGCAGCAGGAGUAGUGGAGGUCGAAUCGUACUACGAAGACGACGAUGGCGGCGACGAGGGCUGUGGCGAGUCUUACGAGUAUGUCGAGGCGCCGCGCGGACGGUCGCCGGACUCACUUGCCAGCGGCGAGAGCGGCGGCGAGUGGACGUCACUGGCGGGCGAUGUAGCAGCGGCGGCAGCAGCUGCGAGCGAGACCAAGCGCGACGCAAGCGGGUCGAGCGACUGGCGGGCGACGCUCCUCGUGGCGGCACGGGUGCCUGCAGCGUCAGGCUCUGUCUCGUCGUCGUCGUCGGCGGGCUCGACGAUUCUGACCGAUCUGCGAAUGGACUCUGCCGAGGCACGGGCGAUGCAGGGCGUUCUUGCGUCCGAGUCUCUGCGUGAGGUUUCCAACACGCGCGGAGCGAGCUACUCGCUGGUGCGGGUGAUGAAGAUCUUCAACGCGGAGCGGCUGGAGUGGUUCUCGUCGCUCGACGGAUUUGCCAACGUCGACGGAGUCAACCCAUCGACGCUCACCACCCUCUGCUCGGCCGGGUUCGGGGCGUACGGCGACAGCAGCGAGCUUGUAUUCUGCGACUCGCUGUCGCUGGCUACAGAGCUGUAUCCCAAGGCACUCCCGACGAGCGGCGACGGGCGUGUGCGGUUCCGGUGGCGGGCACUGGUGUGCGUCGUCAAGCCUGGGACCAAGCAUGUGUUCCCGACCGAGAGCCUGGCGUCGCUGCGGAGCGACGGCGGGCGGGCACAGGUGGAGCAGCUCCUCGCGGCCGGGUACUCGUCGUUCUCGCUCGCGCGCGAGAUGCUGGAGCGGUCGCGCGAAGUGGUGCUCAUCCCGUAUCCGAACCGGGCACUGCCUGCGUACCUCAUUGAGUACGAGGUGACAAUGUAA